AUGGCUAGAUCAUCACCAACAGACAAGUUAAAGCUUGUAGAGCGUUUGAGGGGUCUGUCUGAAGUUGUUGCAGUCACAGGUGAUGGGACAAAUGAUGCUCCAGCUUUACAUGAAUCAGAUAUCGGAUUCUCCAUGGGUAUAGCAGGAACAGAGGUUGGGUCUCCACCCCUUACCGUUGUGCAGUUGCUAUGGGUGAAUCUAAUCAUGGACACUUUAGGUGCAUUGGCCCUAGCCACUGAACCACCAAAUGAUGGACUCAUGAAUAGACCACCUGUUAAACGAACCGAAAGUUUUAUUACAAAGACCAUGUGGCAAAAUAUUAUUAGCCAAAGUAUUUACCAAAUGGUUGUCCUUUUCGUCUUUGAAUUUCGCCGGAAAAUCCAUUCUCAAUUUGGACUCAACUGAAAUCCUCAAUACUUUCAUCUUUAACACCUUUGUCUUUUGUCAGGUCUUUAAUGAAGUAAACAGCCAGGACAUUCACAAGUUAAUAUUGUGUAGGUCUUUUAUAAUCAUGGCAUGUUGAGCAGUUGGAUAUUCGUUGGUGUCAUGGUGUCUACUGUUGUUUUUCAAGUUAAUAUUGUGGAGUUCCUUGGCACUUUUGCAAGCAUUGUGCCACUAGACUAGGAACUCUGGGCACUUAGCAUUGCAAUUGAGUUAGGGCUAAUAAUCCUGGUAGGCCUAUUCCUUCUACCAAGGCAAUGCCUAUGAUGGGCAAUUAUGACACGACUUAUUGGUUAUCAUGGCUUAGAUGGGAGGGAAUCAUCACC